AUGGAUGGCAGCGGCGCUAUCACAGUCCGGCUAAAUUCCCAAGCCGCGAUUGCGAGGCUGCGACACACGCAAGCAGGCCCUGGUCAGGAACUGACGCUUCGAGCUCAUGCAGCGGCCAGAGCUCUACAGGAGCGAGGUCGAGAACCCAUAAUUCAAUGGGUGCCCGGCCACGCCGGAAUUAAGGGAAAUGAAAAAGCUGAUGAAGCGGCAAAGCUCGCGGCCAGUCGACCGGGGUGCCACCCAGAAGCCGUCGCAGGGCUCUCACUGGGGUUUGUCAACCGGACGUGCACCGAGAACAUCCAAAACCGCUGGGCACUGGACCCAGUCGCAUCGCGAGCCCUGAAACCGCUGGCCACCCGCUUCUUCCAGUUGAAGAGUGGCCAUGCGGCUAUCGGGGCUCACCUCCACCGGAUUCACACACGGGAAAGCCCAGCGUGUGAGAAAGGUGAUGCACCGACAGAGACAGUGCACCACGUUCUCUUUGAGUGCCGGGCGUGGCAGCACCAGCGGGCUCAGCUCUACCGAGCUCUGGAUCAAGCUGGGGUGGCCCGACCCUCCGCAGCGGAAGAAUGUCCAGAAGGUAGGCUAUUGGGGGAACCGAAAGCGACGGCCGCCAUCUUACAAUUUCUGUCAACGACGAAGGUAGCUCUGCCUCGGUACCACCACCAGGCCGUGGCAGAGCGAGCUCGACGAGACGAUGAAUGGGGAUUAGAAGACCUGGAGGAAGCCGAGAGGACCGGGGAAGGAUAG